GCUAAAUUCUAUUACUGACUUUGAAGUGAGUUAUGUGAGUCGGUACAUUGAUUCUGCUUUUGUUUUUUGGUGCGCGUUCCAAUUCAUAUCUAGUAGGGUUGGUUCUUGCACUAAACCUUCGAUAUACGCCCGAGAUAAGAACGUGGGGAAGAGGAAUCGACGAGGAAUCCAGGAAAGAGCUACGGAAAAGCGUGACGAGAAUUCUCGACUCGAGAUGUUAGAAGGUGCAAAAUCAAUAGGUGCCGGAGCAGCUACAAUUGCUUCAGCGGGAGCUGCUGUCGGUAUUGGAAACGUCCUUAGUUCCUCGAUCCAUUCCGUGGCGCGAAAUCCAUCAUUGGCUAAACAAUCAUUUGGUUAUGCCAUUUUGGGCUUUGCUCUAACCGAAGCUAUUGCAUCGUUUGCCCCAAUGAUGGCGUCUCUGAUCUCAUCCGUAUUCCGAUCGAACAAAGAAAGGAGGUUUCAAUUUCAUUCUUAAUAGGCCUCUCUUUCUAAUAAGGAAGUGGAGGCAGGCCCAGCUUCAAAGCUUAUUACGUAAAAAAAGGCGCGCGCAUACGUUUUUCAGCUUGGUACGAUCUAAAACGAUUCCACAUUCAAGAAAGAACCGGACCUUCAA